AAUCCCAACCUCAUCAGCUGGUAUGAAAUAACUGAGAUUGAAGGGAUUUGGUGGGUUUUCUGCGCAUGUUGAAUCAUUUGUGCUAAAGUUUAGUGAGCUGGAAUUGUGAUUCUUUUCUGUUUUUUUUUUUUGGGUUGAUUAUGGUUGAGAGGUAGUCCGGAAUAUCUAAAAAUUGGAUCAAAGAAAAUAUUUUUCCACCUAAAUUUAUGGUCUGUUAUAUUUUGUUACAUCCCUCUCUUGCCACCCGGCACCGUGCGAUCCCUGUUUCAUUGGGUUCGGCCAACUAAGUUACUGCUAGGCGGAGAAUCUUAACAUUUUGUCAUUGCCCAAGAGAUCAUUCAUUAUCCCAUAACACAUUGAUGCUUUCCUGCCACUCAGAAAUCCUAUUUUUCUUCAUUGUUUUCUGGUCGUUUUUUUUUUCCCUUAUUUGUCGUUGGGCUUAAAACUCUGUGUGCACCCACAGCAAUUUUCUCACUACUUGAGUCAUCUAUUUUCUUAUCCUCAAGUUAAGCCAGGUUGUAAAUAUUCCCUGUAUAAUGAAUAAUCAGAUAAAUUCUUACAAAAUUGAAAAAAAAUACUUAGUAGUUACUUUAAAAUACUAUACUGUCAAGUGUAGUGUUGCUGUCAUCAGUGAGUUGCCUAAUGGAAAUCUUUGCAAAAGUUUGGAUUCCAUGAGAAGCUUCUGGCUUGCACAAACAGAGAGCACCUGUGGCUUUGAUGUUAACUCUGUCAAUUGGGUGCGCUGGGUGACGACAUGGUCAUGAGAGAAGUUAGACACAAAAAUUAGCUUAACAAAUAAGCUACUUCUUUCAGCUGAUUGAUCAACAUUCAUACACUUUGUUCGCUGCUGAUUUAUAAACUUACAUUCUUCUUAAAUGUUAAGCCAGGCCCUGAGCAAUGGGGGUAUCAGCAGGAUUAAUUCAGCUUAACUAGAGUUGAUACUCCUGAUCAAGACUAGAGUUGAUUUCUUCUUUACUUUUCUUUUGGGUAUUGCAUGUGUGACAAGUAGAAUUUGGAUUUGCGUUUUGAGGUAAGCUCCCAGGAUUCGGUAAAAGAUGCUGUCUAGUGUCUAAAUGCUUAGUGCUACUUUCUUUCAAUAUGGGUACACUUUUAAAAUUUUUCAUUUUUUCAUUAAGUUAGGUAAUUAAUUUUGAGACAAGUUUAUAUACCUGCAAGGAAUGUCUAUCUUGCAUAACAUUAUAUAGUUUCAGGCAACCUCCUCCAUCAUUUUAUUCUUCUUGGCAUUAUAUAGUGCAUUGUGAGUAGAUUUGUUCCCAUGGUUCGAUCCUUCCCAGUAAAACGCGGGGUGUUCGAAUUCUGAUCCCUUUUACGCAAGAAAGGGGGACCACCCUCUAAGCCUAAGUAUUCCUCAAUGACCGAGAGCGUACAUGUACCAUGAGGGAAAGGUGAAAACUAGUACGUUUUCUUUUAUGUAUCCUACCAAUUCACUGAUUUUGGCAAUGAAUGUAGGUGAGAGAACUCUUGCGCCUGAUAAAUUAAUGGAACAGCCCAUUUCGCCCAAAGAUGGAAGGAUAAUUUCUGCGAAUCCUUCUCCGGGUGCAGCCAUCAGACGGAAUUCAAAGAAUGUCACGGAUCAGCCCGAAGUUUUGAUUACAAGUGCAGCACUAACCACUGUCUACCCAUUUAAUACUUAUUCUCCUCAGGAGCAAACUUUUUCUUAUGGAGGUUAUGACAACAGCAGGGGUUAUUUGGGUGAAUUGUCUAACUAUAUUAAUGCCAACAACAUGCAAGUUGUACCUCCGGUAAUGUACAAUGAUAAUUCUUCACUCUUGUUCCAUUCUGGUUAUGGCUUUGAUACCCAGAUGGCAUAUGGACAGUUUUCCCCCAUCGCCAGCCUGCCCCCACUAAUUGUAGAUGGCCAGCUUUACUCUCCACAUCAAAUUCCAGUGUCUCCACCUUACUUCCCGCAGCCACUUUCUCCAGGCAUGCCACAUAUUACUUCUUCUCUUUCUGUUUCUCCAACUGAGCUGACUACUCCAGGAAACAGUGGCCAAGAGGGUAUCAGUGGCAAUGUGCUUUAUGGGACAAGAUCAAGAUACGUUUCACAUUUUGGAUCUGGAGAACAACUGUCAAAUCAGUCUAGUCUCUUGGAUAUUGGCAGCUAUAUCUCUCCAUUGACAUCUGCAGCAUUAUAUCCCCAACCAGUUGGCAUACUUGGGCCUUAUGAGCGCAAUAUUGCACAGUUUUCUCAACAACAGACACCAUUUUAUGGAUAUGGAUUGGCAUCAAGUUCCUCCACUAGACGCUACCCACAGGGUGGCUCAUAUCGUAGCUCAAACUAUGGUAGUGGACCCAUUUCUCAUUGGGAAGCUGGUCACCUGAACCGACACACACUUGAUAAAGGUGGAAUACGAGAAAGGGACCGUGACUCAACUAGCAUUUCUACUGAUACACAUGAUAUCGCCCGUGAUCACAAUAGAGGACCGAGGGCUUCAAAACCAAAGGGCAAGAGUACUAAUGAAGAGAACUCUUCACAUGUUAGAAAAGCUGGUGCAUUUACUUCUGUGGUUCAUUUUGAUCUAAUCAAUCGGUCAGACUUUCUCACAGAGUAUGACAAUGCCAAAUUCUUUGUCAUCAAGUCUUUCAGCGAAGACAACGUCCACAAAAGUAUAAAAUACAGUGUUUGGGCCAGCACACCUCUUGGAAACAGAAAAUUACACGCUGCUUAUUGUGAAGCAAAGAUGAAAAGCAAUUGUCCAGUGUUUCUCUUGUUUUCGGUCAAUGCUAGUGGACAAUUCUGUGGGGUAGCUGAAAUGGUUGGACCUGUUGAUUUUGAUAAUGAUGCUGACUACUGGCAGCAGGAUAGGUGGAGUGGCCAAUUCCCUGUCCAGUGGCAUAUUAUUAAAGAUGUACCCAAUAGCCAAUUCCGCCAUAUUCUUCUUGAAAAUAAUGAAAACAAGCCAGUUACUCACAGCCGAGACUCUCAAGAGGUGAAACUGGGACAUGGUAUUGAUAUGUUGAAAAUUUUUAAGGAUUAUGAUGCUGAGACAUCCAUCCUUGAUGAUUUCAAUUUUUAUGACGAGAGGGAGAAAGCUGUGCAGGGGAAGAAAGUCAGACAGCGAGUUCAUUUAUUAACAAAAAAUGAUUCAGUUGAAGAUGCUUCGAUAAAGCAACUGUCUGAUAACCUUUCUGAGGCCUUACAGUUGGAAGACGGUAAAGACGUGCCCAAAACAGGAUAGAGUAGUGGGCACUAGUGUCCAGUGUAUUGACAGAUGACAACCCGAAGGUGUUAAAUGUAGUUAUAUUGGGCAUCUAGUUUGACGUCUCUAAUCAGACACCCCACCCCUCUGGCAGCGAUUUUUGAGGUUGUAUUUUAUGUCAUCCUGGUUAGCCUGUAUGUGGACUAAAACCUCGCUCAAUUUGGGAAUUGUCAAAAGCAGAUGGGUGACAUUUGGCUAAGGCAUAGAGGCAGGCUGAAAUUAUGGGACACUAAUCUUUUGUAUCAUCUUCUAAUUGUUCUGUUGAAGAUCGGUGGUGCCAGGCACCCGGAGGCAAUUGUAAGUGAAAUUUUUUUGGAGGGGUCUGGGCAUCUUACGUGCAUGUCGCCUUCUUGGUUGUAAUUUACAGAUUUUUGUUUUAGUGCAGGACAGUUAAUUAACAUUAUGCUCAAGGAAAGUUGUAAAAUUCCCGAUUCAAGGUGCAAUUGAAUGAAAAAAUGCAGCAAUGCGUAG